AAUACGCCAUAUUGAAUUCCCGUAGGAAACGGCUUGCAUUUUUUCCCCUGGCAGCUAGCGGUGUGUAAAUGGGACAGUUUAUCAUUCCGGUUUAAUGCUUAAAUUCUCUUUUCGUUAUCUGGCACAGAGCAGCGACAUUUGCAAGGGACACCAGGGGAGCAUAUUUUAAAACGGGGCUUGUGUGUGGUAGUAACGGGGGGGGGGGUUACCAGAGAAAAAGAAGUUGAAUGGAUCCGAGGGUAGCUUGGAUUCAGCCGGAACAGAAAGGACCUGCGAACGCCUUAUGGAUGCACGUCUGGGAGACCUCUCAGGGAACACGGACCCUCUCAUCCGCCCAGCACCAGAAUUACAACCAAUGUGUGAAAUACGCUGCGUUGGGGGUUUUAAAAAAUGUGGCUUCUAGCAAGAGUAGCAGUAGCCAUCAGAGCAUCACUAGCACUGCGAUUUCCUCCCUGGAUUUAAGGCUGUCCAACGACAACUCCACCGCUGAACCAGAGGGGAAAACCUUGCUCCAGAAAAGGGGAAUCUCGUCCACCACGUCGUUGCAGGAGUUCCGCACCCCUUCCAGCUGUGAGAGGACUAUGGGUGGAAAUGUAACUGGCAAUAUUAAUAAUACAAAUAAAAACGUUGGGGGUGCCAAUCUCCUCCUCCACGGCAUGGAUAAUAAUGUCUAUCAGCACCCGGCUUUCCAGCAGCUUUGCAUGAAGCGCCAUCAGGUUCACCCCUCCGUACCUGAAAACCCCACACACAAUCACCAUCCAAGCCGGAGGAAAAGUGACAACAAAGCGAGCACUUAUGGGAUGAAUUACUUGCUUUCAAACUGCACUAAUGGCAAUUAUACGUGCACUUCUUGGACGCCAUGGAAGACGAGGAAGUACAGCCCUGGGGUCCUGGGACUCCACGAGGAGGUGAUUGACUUCUACAACUUCAUGUCUCCUCGCCCAGAGGAAGCAGCUAUGAGGAAGGAGGUGGUGAACCGGAUAGAGAUGGUCAUCAAGGAGCUGUGGCCCACUGCAAAUGUCCAAAUAUUUGGCAGCUUCAGCACAGGGCUGUACCUUCCAACCAGUGACAUUGACCUGGUGGUGUUUGGGAAGUGGGAUCGACCCCCGCUGCAAGACCUGGAACAAGCCCUUCGCAAACAUAAUGUGGCAGAACCUUUCUCCAUUAAAGUGCUGGACAAAGCUACGGUGCCAAUCAUCAAGCUGACAGACCAGGAGACGGAGGUGAAGGUGGACAUCAGCUUCAAUGUGGAGACUGGUGUCAAGGCGGCGAGCUUCAUUAAAGGUUAUGUUAAGAUGUAUCCGGUGCUGCCUUACCUGAUCUUUGUCCUGAAGCAGUUUCUGCUGCAGAGGGAUCUUAACGAAGUCUUCACCGGGGGAAUCAGCUCCUACAGCCUCAUCCUCAUGGUCAUCAGCUUUCUACAGCUCCAUCCACGUAUCGACGCCAGGAACCCCAACGAGAAUUUGGGCGUGUUGCUGAUUGAGUUCUUUGAGUUGUACGGCCGCCAUUUCAACUACUUGAAAACAGGGAUUCGUAUCAAAAAUAGGGGCGGGUACUUGGCCAAAGAGGAGAUCAUGAAGUCCAUGACAAAUGGAUACAGACCAUCCAUGCUCUGCAUAGAGGACCCGCUGCUCCCAGGUAAUGAUGUGGGGAGGGGCUCCUAUGGUGCCAUGCACGUCAAGCAGGUGUUCGACUACGCCUACAUCGUCCUGAGUCACGCCGUGUCCCCGCUCGCUCGCUCGUACCCCAACACAGACUCUGAAAGCACCAUGGGGAGGAUCAUCAGGUUGACCCAGGAAGUGAUCGACUACAGGGAAUGGAUCAUUAAGAAGUGGGGGGGCAGGGAUCUGGUGCGAACAGACAACAGAGUUUCCCCUCCCAAGGAGCCAGAGCUCAGUGGGGGGGUCGGGCUGGAGGAGCAGCAGAGGGACUCGGGGUCUCCCCACAGCGCAGACUCCCCCAUGUCCAUCUCCAGCCCCCAGCAGCACUCCUCGGCCUCCUCCGUCUCCUCACUAUCGGGAUCAGACAACGACUCGGACUCAGCGCUGCCGUGUCCCGUCCCUCCGCCCACCAUGCCACCUUUCCCCUCUUUCCCGCCUAUGGGGCUAGCUCUGCCCCCGUGCCUCAACAUGAAGCACGGCAUGGGGGGGCACCACCUCCUCCUGCAUCCAGGCUCACAGGCUCGCGUCCAGCUGCCCGGUGGUCUAGCAAUGCACUCCAUACCUGGCAGACAGGUGUGUAUAGACACCGGACUCCCCCCCUUCUUCCACAUGCACCCCCACGCCCACGCUCAUGCCCCCGCCCCCUCCUGCCCCCUGCCUCUGUCCAGCCACACACACAAGAAUGGCAUCAAGUUCAACGUGAAGGGCUUCCACAACCCUCCGCUGGUCAGCAACCCCGUGCUGGUGAACCGCGGACACACACACACUCACUCUCACACACAGUAUCACCGCAACACGUGGCGGCGCAGGAAGAGGGAGAGCCUCCCGGUUAGCCUCAGCAGAUAGAAACCACUCCUCCCCCCCCCCCCACCCCCCCCCCCCCCUUCUGCUCCCUUUUCUCUGGAUGCAAACCCCCCCGUCGGUCUCUGAGGAGGACGGACCGAGGACCAGCAGUUUCACACCCCGGGCUGCUGCCACACAGAACGACAGCCCUCAGCAUCUUCUUCCUAAAAUCUCUACCUUUCCAUUUCUGCAUGACUUCUUAUAGGUUUUCAGUAUUAUGGUCCUUUCAGUAUUUCUUCCUCAUCUUGGUUUCAGGUCUCUCACUGUUAUUGUUUUGUUAAUUCUUGACUGACUUGGUGGUGACGCCGUUGCCAAGUUCACCUGACCUCAUCUGCAGCCAAGCUGCCUCUGGUUCUUUUUUUAUAUUUUUUUUUACAGUUUAUACUCUUAAGAACAAACGUUUCAUUUGUGCAAUAAUGUUAUUUUUCUUCCGGGAACUAAAGUAAAUGCUUAUUUAAUUUUGUGUGUUUAUAUGUAAAGGCAUUUUUAUACAGUUGUAUUAUUUUUGUAGAGUUUUAAAUUUUUGUUUACGAAUCCUUUCCUGGGGCAGCCUUUCUGGAGUGUGUGUACCAUAGUUGUUUAUGUGAGUGUGUGCGCUGUGUUUGAUCAGGUUGAGAUGGACCCCCGUUCAGACCCCCUCCUCCUUCUCUUCUCUCUGUUUAAAGGGAUAGGGAGCUUUUUCCUUUAUAUUCCUUCCGCUUUCCUUCGUCCGUCUUGUGGGAAAGGGGCGAGGUUAACAAGGAAUUCCUCCUGGAAGUUUUGUUCCUCAGCCCAGUUGGUCUAAGGCAUCCUGGAGGGAAGUAGGGUGAUGGGAAAUUGCAACAUGGGAAAUCCUGAAAAACAAGAGGAGAGGGUGUAAUUCUGAUUUGGUCUAUAAGAGCAGAUUUAGCAGUGCCACCUUGAGAUUGUGUGUUUUUUGUAUCUCUCCGUAAGUGUGGAUCGGUUGGCCAUUUCUCUCAGAGGGGAUUUUUAAGGGAACGUUUCCAUACAUUGGAGAAUUUCGGCCUGUUAAACUUAUGUCCUCUUUUUUUGCUGGUCUCUUUUUAUGACAUGUUGUAAGAGGGUUGCGACCAAGAAAGCAACAGCGUAUCUGAUUUAAGAUUAGCGAAAGAGGGUCACAGAGAAAUCCUUGUAGUCUCUCUGGUCGAGGGACCUAUUUGUUGGAAAACUGAUCCCAGCGCUGAGGCCAGCCCUUGUCCGCAGCUGUAAAAGAGUGCAGACCAACACUAAGAUGCUCACGAUAAGAUUUCCCCUCUAUGCUCCCAGACAAAGGAGAUGGAGGAGAGGAGGAGGGGGGUCAUCCUGAACCUAUGACCCCAGUGAAAGGGAAUUAUAUUUUUAUUCCGUUCAGGAAUCUUGUGUAUAUUUUGAUUGCCAGGUACUUCCGCUAAUUGUUUGCAAUGCCUUUCUUUGUGUUUACUUGGAGUGUGUGUUCGUCGUUUCCUGUGAGACACACACUGUCGAAGGCUGUGACUCGCCCCGAACACGACACACACGCUGGUGUUAUUACUAUGCAAGUGGAUUAUUCAGAUUAUUGUGUCAACUCUUGUCUCUCCCUUUGGGUCUUUUUUUCCUCCACAUGACAAACACUGCUUGUUGGACUGAUGUUACUGACUGUCAAGACUCGUAAGCCAUCUCAUGUGAAACCCCCCCCCCCGCCCCAUCGUUGUGUUUGUAUGAAGGCCCCAAAACGUUUCAAAGUCUAGUUUUCUACAUCAGUGAAAUGUAAGGAAUGGAGGAUGUUAAUGUCUGGGUCUGUGUAGUGCGUGACAAAGUGAAAUGUGUGUGAGAAAGUAUCGAGACUCAUGACUUGACACCAAGUUUUUUUUAUUUUUAAUAAAUUAGACGGUUCAUGAGCAGGUGCACCCAGAGAGCGACUGGCCCUCUGCAGGUGCACUUCAGAAAGUGUCCAAAAACUAUUCUACAGUGCUGUUAAAAUAUUUACGUUUACCUUUUCUCUUUUAAAACCAUGGCAACUCUGUCCGUCAGUCAAAACUGCUCCUGGCAUCAUUUCUCAAAUGAAGGCUUUCUGAUUUGACCGCAGAUGAUGAGCUAAUCAUCACCUCUACCUUAAGAAACCCCAUUUUCAUUCAAUUAUUUGACAAAAAAACAGCUUCCAUCGUCGCUUUGGUGCAUGAAACUCUCAGUUACAUGAAAUCCUAGCCCUUAAAUAAAUUGGAUAAGAACCAGGAUGUAGUUUCAAACUGCAGCCAUGUUAGCUUUUAGAGAUUAGAAUAAGCAUUGAUUAAGAGGCUGGCAAUAAAAUUGGUAAAAGACGGUUGUUGACAGAUUAGCAUCUCCACAGCAAAGACUUGACAUGCAGUAUCCGAAGAAGUCUGUACGGAUUAAAAUCUCAGCGGUUUAGCUUGUGCUCUGAUUCUCCAGAUAAGUGUUAACGCCGGGUAAUGGAAGCAUCAGAGAGACAGCCGGGGCCGUUGAGAUUUUAGCGUGCACACGUACACGUAGAUGCAGUGAUAUACAACCCCUCGUUGCAACACAAUGAGGGAUUUUAAACUGGCGGCUGCUGUUUAGAGAGAGCGGCAGCCCCUCUUUGUCCUGGCUGAUUCCUGUGAGCAGUGGCCCUCUGAAUGCACACUAAGCUACCGGUGGACAGAGGGACCCACUGCCCAGCUCGUGGUUGGGUUUUUUUUUGGUUGGUAUUUUGACAUUUGUAUGUAAAUAUAUUUUUUUCUAUUUUAUUUUUUAAUAAACAUUUUAAAACUGCCA